AUGCAACAUUUUCGACUUCUAUGGGAGCCCAAACAUCCAACUGUGUUUAUAAUUAAAAGCAAGCAUACUUUUCUGGCACGGCCUUUUUGUAACUUUCUUGUAUGUGUCCUGCUUGGAUUAUUAACGUUCCCUUGCUGUGUUCACUGUUUGGUAUUCAAAGUGGGGGUUCUUGGGCCUUGGAACUGCGACCCGAUCUUCUACAAGACCCUGCCUGCUGCCGCCGCAAGGCUUGCUAUUUACAGGAUUAACGGAGACCUCAGUUUGAAUUUAGGUCUAAAGAUGGAUUUUGUCAUUCUGCAAGAGCCUUGCGAAACAUCUAAAGCUCUUACUGAAUUUAUAAACUACGAGAAUAUGGCAGAUGCGUUCAUGGGCCCGACUAAUCCAGGAUACUGUACUGCAGCAUCACUGCUGGCAAAGAACUGGGACAAGCCCAUCUUCUCUCAUGGCUGCGUCAAUUUUGAGUUGGACAGCAUUACGGCGUUCCCAACAUAUUCCAGGACCGUGCCAUUUCCCUCUGAGGUUCUUUUCACCGUGCUGAAGCACUUCCGGUGGGCUAAUAUGGUGGUGGUGUCCUCCAGUGAGGACAUCUGGAUGGACACGGCAGAGAGAGUGGCUUCUGCGAUGAGGAAAAAGGGACUUCCCGUUGCCUUGGUAACAUCUGUAGGUCUCAAUGAGACCGAAGUUGAGAACACGCUGAGGAGGAUCCAAGACGCAGGGGAGAUAAGAGUCAUCAUCAUGUGCAUGCACUCUGUGUUGCUCGGAGGGGAGCAACAGGCCACAUUUCUCAUCAAGGCACAACAAAUGGGUCUAACCUCCGGCAAGUACGUUUUCGUGCCCUACGAUGCCCUGCACUACAGUUUGCCCUACAACGCCCCAUACUUUCCCCUGCAAAACAACAGCAGGCUGAGUGAGGCCUAUGACGCCGUGCUCACGAUCACCAUAGUCUCAGAUUCCGUGUCCUUCAACGAGGCGUACACAGCUGCUAAAGAAAGUGGGGAAGUGGCGCUGAAUGUGGCUGCAGAGCAGGUUAACCCAUUAUUUGGCACCAUUUAUAACAGCAUUUAUCUCCUGGCCAAGUCCAUCCACAAGACCAGGAAAGCUGAAAUGCCUCUUUCAGGAUCAAACCUGGCCUACUUCACAAAGAAUAUAACCUUCAGUGGCUUCAAUCAGAAGGUGCAGGUUGACAACAGGGGUGAAAUCAAAACCAGCUAUGUCAUCCUGGACUCCAGCGAAGGUGGCAGCCAGCUUUACCCGACCUACGUGGUGGAUCUCAAAUCAAGGCAGCUUCGUUUUGCUGGGAAAUCCAUUUCUUUCCCAGGAGGAUCUCCUCCACCGUCAGAUUCCAGCUGCUGGUUUGUUCAGAGUGUUCUCUGCAAAGGAGGUGUGGAGGUCACCUAUAUCAUAGUAGUGUUUGCUGUCAUCUUGGGUUUGGCUGUAACAGGGCUCAUCAUCAGUUUCUACAUCAGGAGGAGACUACAGCAAAUCCAACUGAUCAAAGGCCCAAAUCGGAUCCUGCUGACUUUAGAGGAUCUUACUUUUAUCAACCCACAGACAAGCAAGAGGAAAAUUACUUUAGAGGAUAUGAGUGAGUCCAAAAGUGCUCUGGAGGAAAAAUCUGCUGACCAUUCACAUUCAUUGAACAGCACGCAAACAGCAACGCACGAGACCACCAAUGUGGCCAUAUUUGAGGGUGACUGGGUGUGGCUAAAGAAAUUUGAGGAUGGACAGUUCAAGGAGGUGAAGCAGAGCAGCACAAAGAUUUUUACCAAGAUGAAGGACUUGAGAAACGAAAACGUAAAUCCUUUCCUUGGCUUCUUCACGGAAAGCUCCAUGUUUGCGGUGGUAACGGAGCACUGCUCCAGGGGGAGUCUGCAAGACCUGCUUAGGAACGAUGAUGUCAAAUUAGAUUGGAUGUUCAAAUCCUCACUUAUGCUCGACCUCAUCAAGGGUAUGAAAUACCUCCACCAUAGGGAUUUCCCACAUGGCCGGCUAAAAUCUCGGAACUGCGUGGUGGACGGGCGAUUUGUGCUCAAGAUUACCGACUAUGGAUUUAAUGAGCUGCUAGAGUCUCAGAAAGCUCCUGGAGAAAAACCUCCACCUGAAGACCUCUUUUGGACGGCGCCAGAGUUCCUGAGGGAUCUCGCAAGCUCCCAUAAAGGCACAUACAAGGGAGAUGUUUACAGUUUUUCCAUUAUUCUCCAAGAGGUGGUGGUCCGAGGACCGCCGUACUGCAUGUUGGGCCUGCCACCUGAAGAGAUCAUUCGAAAAGUAAAGAAGCCUCCACCAAUGUGUCGGCCCACUGUUGCUCCCGACCAGGCUCCUCUGGAAUGUAUCCAGCUGAUGAAACAGUGCUGGAGUGAGCUUCCGGACCGAAGACCCAACUUUGAUGAGAUUUUUGACAGGUUCAAGAUCAUCAACAAGGGUAAGAAGACCAACAUCAUUGACUCCAUGUUGAGGAUGUUGGAGCAGUACAGUUCCAAUUUGGAGGAUCUCAUCCGAGAGCGAACGGAGGAGCUGGAGGCGGAGAAGCACAGGACAGAGAAAUUGCUCUCUGAAAUGCUGCCACCGUCUGUGGCCGAGGCACUAAAAACCGGCGCUACAGUGGAGCCGGAGUACUUUGACCAGGUUACAAUCUACUUCAGUGAUAUCGUGGGUUUCACCACAAUAUCAUCGCUAAGUGACCCCAUUGAGGUAGUCGAUCUCCUCAAUGACCUUUACACUCUGUUUGAUGCUGUGCUGAGCAACCACGAUGUCUACAAGGUAGAGACAAUCGGGGAUGCUUACAUGGUGGCAUCAGGCUUGCCAAAGAGAAACGGCAACAAGCACGCUGCUGAAGUCGCCAACAUGUCUCUGAACAUCCUUAGCUCGGUGGGAACCUUCCGGAUGCGCCAUAUGCCCGAUGUACCUGUCAGGAUACGGAUCGGGAUCCACUCAGGCCCCUGCGUUGCUGGUGUGGUGGGCCUGACUAUGCCUCGAUAUUGUCUGUUUGGUGACACUGUCAACACUGCCUCAAGAAUGGAAUCCACCGGACUGCCUUAUAGAAUCCAUGUAAACCUGAGCACUGUGAACAUCCUGCGCUCUCUCAAGGAAGGUUAUAAAAUAGAAGUCAGGGGCAAGACGGAACUGAAGGGGAAAGGCGUUGAAGAGACGUACUGGCUCGUGGGGAAGUCUGACUUUGCGAAGCCUUUGCCAAAUCCGCCAGAGAUAAAACCAGGUAUCAAUUGGCAGGAGAUGCUGACGAACGAGAUCAAGACUCUUUUCCUAAAGGCCAACAGGACAGUGGACAAACAGAAAAUGAGCGGAAAAGAAGGAAAAAUGUGA